GUUCCCACACACUUGGAAUCGGGGCAGUGUCCGCCAUGGCUGAUCAACCGUCACUAACACCUGGAGUGCCUUGGACCGAGAUAGUCAAGCAAAAGCGAGCGGAUCAAUCGAAGAAGAUUUCAGAAUACGAGCAGACCUAUGCCUCGGAACCCUUACAAGAUUCACAGAUUGAGGCGAUUACCUCUAUCGAUGCGGCAGAAGACCUUGCGGCCAGUGUCGCUGCCAAAAAGUUCACAGCUGUUGAAGUCGCGAAAUCGUAUAUACAGAAAGCAAUUGCCGCACACAAGAAGACAAAUUGCCUUACGGAGGUUCUCUUCGCUGAAGCAGUACAGCAAGCCUGCGAAUUGGAUUCAUACUUACAGACGACCGGAAAGACCAAAGGCCCUCUGCACGGCGUAUGCAUGACCCUGAAAGAUCAGUUCGACGUCACCGGCCACGACACCACGCUUGGAUAUGUUGGCAUGUCGUUUCAACCUGCGAAGAAAGACGCUUUGCUAGUGAAGAUCUUGAAAGAGGCGGGAGUGGUGUUCAUUGCGAAGACGAAUCUCCCGCAGAGUAUCAUGUGGUGUGAAACAGAGAAUCCUCUCUUCGGUCUGACGACACAUCCUAUGAACCCGAAUCUGACACCUGGUGGUUCCACUGGCGGCGAAGGUGCCCUCCUUCACGAGCAUGGCAGUAUCCUCGGCUGGGGAACAGACAUUGGCGGCUCUGUACGCAUUCCUGCUCACAUGUGCGGCCUCUACUCCCUCAAACCCAGCAGCGGGCGUCUUCCAUACUUAGGCUGUCAAGUCACCACCGCUGGCCAAGAACACGUCCCCUCCGUCGUCGGGCCGUUAUCUCGCUCUCUCUCCUCCCUCUCCCUCGUUACUCGCACCCUCCUCGCCUCUUCUCCAUGGCUCCAUGAUCCAACCUGUCACCGCAUUCCCUGGGACCAGACCCUCUACAAAGAAACCCAAUCCCGCCCCCUCACAAUCGGCCUCCUUCUCGACGAUGGUCUCGUCCGGCCACACCCGCCAAAUACUCGAAUCCUGACAAACCUCUCUACCGCACUUCAAUCAUCCGGCCACACAAUCCUCCCCUGGUCUCCAGAAAACCAUACCCCUCUCCACCGCGAAGCAAUCUCAAUAAUGGACACCUACUACCUCUCCGACGGCUGUCUCGACCUCAAAACUUCCCUCGCCUUAGCGAACGAGCCUCCAAUCUCUCGUGUAUCCGACGUCCUCGCACAAGCUCUCGCUUCUCCCUCCAAAGGCGCGCCUUUCAUAGUCCCGGAAUACUGGGCUCUCAACCUGCGAAAACGCGCUGUCCAAGCAAAAUACCUCGAGCUCUGGAAUUCCAUUCGCGAUCCUGAGACGGGUAGAGAAUGCGAUGUGUUGAUCAUGCCGGUCAUGCCGCACAGUGCAGUCCGACAUCGAGAAUGUAAAUGGGUAGGGUACACGAAAGUGUGGAAUUUGCUGGACUGGAGUGUGGUAGUUUUGCCAGCAGGAAAAGUCGAGCAGGAGGAUGUGGAAGAAGAAGAUGAAACGUACGAAGGUAGAAGUGAAUUAGAUAGCUGGAACUGGGGUUUAUGGACAAAAGACAAACGGAACAUGGUGGGAUUGCCGAUAGGUAUACAGAUUGUGGGUAGGAGGUUGGAGGAAGAGAAAGUUCUUGCCGCUGCGAAGGUCAUCGAGGGUAUUCUGAGAGGCGAGAGGAAGUGA